AUGGCCGCCCUUCGGUCCCUUUCGACGGCCGCCUCCAGGUCACUCCUCCGCUCCUCGACAUCUGCUACUCCCCUCGUCCGAGCGACCGCUGUAGCCUGUGCCGACCAGCGUCGCCAAAUCACCACUCCAACAUAUGGCAAGCCGACGACUACCAUUCCCGACUUCAGCAAGUACAAGUCAAAGAAGUCCGAGACCUCCAAUAAGGUUUUUGGAUAUUUCAUGGUCGGAACAUUGGGUGCCUUGUCUGCCACCUCUGCGAAGGCUACCGUUCAAGACUUCUUGGUCAACAUGAGUGCAUCCGCAGACGUUUUGGCUAUGGCCAAGGUUGAGGUCGCAUUGAGCAGCAUACCGGAAGGCAAGAACGUUGUCAUCAAAUGGCGUGGAAAGCCCGUCUUCGUCCGACAUCGUACCUCCGAUGAAAUUGAGGAAGCCAACAAUGUCAACAUUUCGUCUCUAAGACAUCCAGAGACCGACGACGAGCGUGUGAAGAAGCCUGAGUGGCUUGUUAUGGUUGGUGUUUGCACGCAUUUGGGUUGUGUGCCAAUUGGUGAAGCCGGUGACUACGGUGGUUGGUUCUGUCCUUGCCACGGUUCUCACUACGAUAUCUCUGGUCGUAUCAGGAAAGGACCAGCUCCUCUAAAUCUUGAAAUCCCUGCCUACGACUUCCCAGAUGAUGAUACCCUCGUCAUCGGUUAA